UCUCCAGAUCUAGCUAGGGUUUGUGAGAGAUCGGUCUUUCAUUUUUUGUUUGAGAUCUCUUUGACAGUGCCGAAUUCUGUGGGAGUUCUGGGCAUUUGGGCUUGAAGUCGACAGAAGCCUUCGAGUUGGAGGUAGAGCUUUCUCCGGUAGCGGAGCUGCGAGCUCUUGUGUUCUAUUCAAUAGAACGGAUCGCUUCCACUUGUUUUCACGGCGGAGGUUCGAGAUUCGAUCAAUCCGGAGGCCUUCAAACGGAAGGGGUUCAAGAUUAUCUGUUCUUGGAAUUGAUCUGCGUAAGGAUUGCAGUGCGGCGAAUUGUUUCGAGAUUAAUAACAUCGAAGAGUGCGGCGACGUACGGGGAUGGAGCUUCAAGGUAAGAAAGCAGCUUACGAUUUCCUUUCGCCUUACAACAAGGAUUCGUCUUUCCCGCACCAGGAUCCGAGACCUCCUUCCCAAGGCUUUUUUCUGAAGACGCACGACUUCUUAAAGCCGCUGGAGCGGGCUGAUAAGGGCCACCGCGAUGAGGCGGCGAGCGGCGACGGCGCCGUCGGCCGUGUGGCCUCGGUGGAGCACGUUCUCCCAGGCGGCAUCGGGACGUAUAGCGUCAGCCACGUGUCGGACCCUGUCCCCUUGGCCAUGGUGAAGCCGCAGCGCGGCACGUGCCGAGGCGUCGACGUCGAACGGAAACCCGAGGCCUAUUACGGCAACGGCGUGAGUUACGGCUCCCCCUCCCUCGCUGGCGUCCCGUUCAGGCCGUGGGACGAGUCCGCUGAGAAAGACCCCGGUUCCAGAGGGCAGUGGCCUUCUUCAUUCACCGCACGCGGCAGCGCCAGCUUUGGAUCGCUCUCCGCCUCCAGGGUUGGUGAGAGUUUUGGAGGGUGGGCGGUUGGGAGCAGCAAUCAGGCACUGGAGAAGAAGCGAUUAAUGGAGUCGGCGUCGAGAUCCAGCAAGGGCUUCGACGACGACGACGACGACGACGAGGAGGAGUCCAGCAGAAGGGAGGGCUCCUCCUCGCAAAAAGAGUUGACCGUGAAAGUAGAUGGGAAGAUCAGGGGCGACAAUGAUCAGAGGUCCACCACCCCGAGAUCAAAGCAUUCGGCCACUGAGCAGCGGAGAAGGAGCAAAAUAAAUGACAGAUUUCAGAUACUUAGGGAACUCAUACCACAUACUGAUCAGAAGAGGGAUAAGGCAUCAUUCCUUCUGGAGGUUAUUGAGUACAUCCGGUUUUUACAAGAGAAAGUUCAGAAGGACGAGUCCUCGUACUUGGGAUGGAAUCAAGAUAAUGCAAAGUUAAUGCCAUGGGUAAAAGUCUAUUGUAGACAAUUCUGGAAAAAUGCACGGAACAAUAACCAAUCUACUGGGGAUGGUAUCUCUGACCCCUCUGAAGUCAACAAAAAUGGUUCUGCUUCCCCUGGAUGUAUGUUUUCUGGGAAUGGCAAUAGCAUCCCAGCUGCACCAGCAAUGCUCUCAACUGCACAGAACCUGACUGAAUCAGAUACGGCUGCUAGAAUCUCUUACAAAGCAAUGGAAACUCCCUCAAAUAUUGCAAAUGCAGAUAACAUGACAACCCAGGCCCAGCCACAAUGGUUAAGAUCAUCUGGUCCAGCUGACUCUGCUGUCAGUCGCGAGAUUUUGAAUGAACAAGAAGAGCUGACAAUUGAUGAAGGAACAAUAAGUGUGUCUAGUACCUAUUCCCAAGGGCUGUUGACUACACUAGCUCAGGCGUUACAGAGCUCUGGUAUAGAUCUGUCUCAGGCCAGUAUUUCUGUGCAGAUCAACCUUGGCAAGCGAGCAAUUAAUAAGAGACUGGCUGCCACUUUGACUAAUUCCAAUGCUAAGGACCAUGAAGACCCUGCAUCUACUAAUCAAGCAAAGGGACACUGUAGGGUGGGAAGCAAAGGCGAGGAACCCUCGCAGGCACCAAAAAGGAGAAAAAGAAACAACAGCUAGUGCUACCAUACUUGGGUUUCAUAUUUAACUUUGUCAUGUCACUGAACUCCUCGGAUGAAUGUAUAUUCUGUUUGGCUUUUACUGCUUUUAGCGGACAGACAAAAGCUAUGGGGUAUUCUUUCAUUGGUGACUACUUUCCAGAAGAGGCUUCCAUUACAAAUUGCGAAGCUGCUUUUCUUACAGGCUUCCAUGCAUGAGAAGUUUUGUUCUGUCAACGACUCCUGUUGUAAGUUAUUUUGGAUAAUUUCUAACCGUGUUUUAAUAGUAGUAUGUGCAAAUUAGAAAAUUUAUUCCGUACUCUACACUUAACAAUGUGACGUAUUGAUUUGUACUGUUUGUGCCAAGAUUGAGUGGAUUUUGUAGAACAGCAGAUGCAGCUCUAUUUUUGUAGCGUGUGCUUGGAUAUUUUUCUCAA